CGCUGUGGGGCUGUGGGUGGGGCGGUGGCCGGGAGUCUGGCGAUCGUAAUUGGGGCUGGAACGAGGGCCACGACGAGGUCCAUUCUUGGGAACCCUAUCGAGGGGUCGGGGCCCGGGCCAGGGGCGUUGGAGGAAGCCGCCGCGAGCAACACGCCUCUGGCCCCAGAAGAGACCGCUCUAGAAGCCGGCUUCCCGCCCCCGGCGGCCUCCGUGCUCGACCCUCCUGCCGGCUCAGCCGCGGGGGCUGCGGCGCCGGGCGCCCAGUGGGCUGACCGGGCCACGCUGAGGACCGGCCGCACGAGAAGCGGCCGCGCGGCGGGUCCGUCCCUCAGCCCGGAGGUCAGGCCACGGCUGCCCUGUCGGUGGUCCACCGCCCUGAGCCCAGCCCCCUUGGCUGGCCAGCCAGCGACCUCCCUGCACGCCUGCCUCUCUGAAGAUGCUUCCAAGCCCUGUCGCUGGGUGAUUUUUUCUUUCUUCUUUUCCUUUUUUUUUUUUUUUUUUGGCCUGCAGAUUUAAAGGAUAGCUGUCUUCCCUCUGGAAAGUUCAACUUGAGUGGGAAUGCGUAAUCUUUCUUGGACCUUCCGACGUUCCCGGCUUCCAAGCGCCGACUGAUCUAGUAACUGGGAUCCCAUUCAGAUCACACGCGCACACACACACAAAAGAGCAGAGUUGUUCUCUUGCACUCAACAAGGGCAGAUGGACUUCGGAAUUAAGAUGCAGGGCGGUGAGCCCGUGUCGACCCUGAAAGUCUCGGAGAGCGAAGGCAAGCUGGAGGGCCUGACCACCGCCGUGAUCCCGAACAAGAACAGCAGCAACAGCAGCUGUGGGGGCGGCGGCCUCAGCAGCAGCAGCAGUAGCAGCAGUGGCCGUGGUGGUGGCAGCGCAAAAGGCUGGCAAUACAGUGACCACAUGGAAAACGUGUAUGGUUACUUAAUGAAGUACACCAAUCUUGUCACUGGGUGGCAGUACAGGUUUUUUGUUUUGAACAAUGAAGCUGGACUGUUGGAGUACUUUGUGACUGAACAGUCUAGAAAUCAAAAGCCCAGAGGCACCUUGCAGCUUGCAGGAGCCGUAAUAUCACCCAGCGAUGAGGACUCGCACACCUUCACCGUGAACGCUGCCAGUGGGGAGCAGUACAAACUCAGAGCCACGGAUGCUAAAGAGCGACAGCAUUGGGUUAGCCGACUUCAGAUAUGUACACAGCACCACACUGAAGCUAUUGGGAAGAAUAAUCCUCCUCUGAAGUCACGGAGUUUCUCGCUUGCAUCUAGUGGUAAUUCUCCUAUAUCGCAGAGGAGACCAAGUCAAAAUGCCAUUUCUUUCUUUAAUGUUGGACAUUCCAAACUGCAGUCGGUAAGCAAGAGAACACACUCACCUCCAGACCAUCUUGUGGAAGUCAGAGAGAUGAUGUCUCAUGCUGAAGGACAACAAAGAGACUUAAUUAGACGAAUUGAAUGCCUUCCUACUUCUGGCCAUCUUAGUUCCUUGGACCAGGAUCUCUUAAUGCUCAAAGCUACUUCCAUGGCAACUAUGAACUGCUUAAAUGACUGCUUUCAUAUUCUCCAGUUGCAGCAUGCAUCCCAUCAGAAGGGCUCGUUACCUUCAGGAACGACAAUCGAGUGGUUGGAACCAAAGAUACCUUUAUCAAACCACUAUAAAAAUGGAGCUGAGCAGCCCUUUGCAGCCGAGCAGAGUAAGCCAGUGGCAGUCCCGGAGGAGCAGUCUGUUGCAGAACCUGGACUCCCAUCAAGGGAACCUGAGGAGAUAAAUGCUGAUGAUGAGAUAGAGGAUACAGGUGACAACAAGGAAGAUGACCUGGGAGCUGUGGAAGAACAACGAAGUGUUAUUCUACAUCUUUUGUCCCAGCUCAAGCUGGGCAUGGACUUAACAAGAGUGGUGCUUCCUACGUUUAUACUGGAGAAACGAUCCUUGCUGGAAAUGUAUGCAGACUUUAUGUCUCAUCCUGACAUGUUCAUAGCCAUCACCAAUGGAGCCACUGCUGAAGACAGAAUGAUUCGCUUUGUGGAGUACUACCUUACCUCAUUUCAUGAAGGCCGGAAGGGAGCCAUCGCUAAGAAACCGUACAAUCCCAUCAUCGGAGAGACGUUCCACUGCUCCUGGAGGAUGCCAAGAAGUGGGGUCACCUCCAGCGGCGCUUCUGCUCAGGCAGCCCCCAGUCACACUCUGCCGCCAGACGAGCCUGUGAGCCAGGUGGGCUCGGACUGCUACACGGUCAGAUUUGUUGCCGAGCAAGUCUCCCAUCACCCACCAGUCUCGGGUUUUUAUGCAGAAUGUGUAGAGAGGAAGAUGUGUGUAAAUGCUCAUGUCUGGACUAAGAGCAAAUUCUUAGGCAUGUCCAUAGGCGUGACCAUGGUUGGAGAAGGUGUCCUCAGUCUGUUGGAGCAUGGAGAAGAGUAUACAUUUUCCCUGCCUUGUGCUUAUGCUCGGUCAAUUCUAACCGUUCCUUGGGUGGAAUUGGGCGGCAAAGUCAGUGUCAACUGUGUAAAAUCUGGCUAUUCAGCCAGUAUCACUUUUCACACGAAGCCAUUUUAUGGAGGCAAGCUGCACCGGGUUACAGCUGAAGUAAAGCACAAUCUCACCAACACUGUGGUCUGCAGAGUGCAGGGAGAAUGGAAUAGUGUCCUAGAGUUUACUUACAGCAACGGGGAGACAAAGUACGUGGACUUGACUAAAUUGGCCGUGAUGAAGAAAAGGGUCCGACCCCUGGAGAAGCAGGAUCCCUUUGAAUCCAGGCGAUUAUGGAAAAAUGUGACUGACUCUCUGAGAGAAUCUGAGAUUGACAAGGCCACAGAGCAUAAGCGAACCCUGGAAGAACGCCAGAGAGCUGAAGAAAGGCAUCGUACUGAAACAGGCACUCCCUGGAAGACCAAAUAUUUUGUUAAAGAGGGAGAUGGCUGGGUUUAUCACAAACCCCUCUGGAAAGUAAUUCCAAGCACACAGCCAGCGGAGUGACACAUGCUUUCUCAGACUCGACCAAAUGCGGUUCUUCUGUGUUUACCCCAAACCCUCCCAGAAUGGAGUCAUCGCACUGAGUGACCUGCUUCCCAGCUGCACACACUGAAGCUAGCUCAACAUGAAUGUAGCCACUGGGGCCCCGGUAGACUGCAGCGAGACCAAAGUGUUGGGGAAACACAGUGGCCCUCUCACCACUCUGUUCACAGGAUGCGAGCAAUACCACCUGAAAACCUUUUACCUGGAUUCUUAACUGACUCAGCUCUUCUCCAGUUCUUGCUCCGAAGGCUAAGUGGGACUCCCCUAUUUUUUGCACAGGGGCAGCAGAUAGAAGACCAUGAGAACUCAAUGACUUUGAUUUCUUUGUAGUAAAACGUGAGGUCUCUUUCAGAGUUUGUGUUUUGCCUUUUGUCUGUAACUGAAGUAUUCACUACUCUUAAAAAACAAGCAAGAGGAGAAAGAACAUGACCUAGACGUGGAUUCAGCCAUUGUGCCUGAAAUCAGUGUUAAAAGCAAAACAAAAACAAAAAAUCCAACCGAGCUGUAGUAACAAGGCAUUCUGUUUCUUCAUAAAGACUGUGUGCCUGUGCGUGAGCAACGUGCCCGUCACCCACCUCAGUUGGAACACUCUUUUAAAAAUUCUAUUUAUAAAUUGACUAGAGGUGUAACCAUGGAGGAUUUUUUCUUCUGAGCAUUUUAAUAUACUUGAAAACGACAUUGACUUGAAAAAUUUCAGAGCAUUUUUCAAUACCUAGUUUUAUUAAAUAUUACACUUGUGAGAAAAUUUUUUAAAAUGUGUUAAUGUCAGUAUGAUGAGGUUCUGGCCUUUCUUGAGAACUAAGGCAUUAAAGAAAAUAGCAGAUAUGAAAAAUUAAAACUGUUACUUUUUUUCCUUUUUUUUCCUUUCAUCUGUAGCUUAAUAUCCAGUAUUAUGUACUAUCCCUCUGGAUAUGUAUGCUUUAUUUUACCUCUGUUCACUCGAGAAUUAAACCACAUGGCUAUUCCUACUUGUCAGGAAUUCAGUUAUCUGUGUGACUGAGUGUAUAUAAGGUAUGGCUUUUCUUUUCAAGGAAAUUUAAAUAUUGAAGAAAGUAUGAAAUAAUAAUAAGAAAGAUAUUAGGAAGUUGUAUUCAGGUACAAAUCUUUUUUUUUUCUUUUUUAAAUAAGUAUUUUAUUGAGGUGGAAGAAUUGUUGGCAAUGAAUAGUGCUAAUGAUGGCUUUCUUCAUUCGAGUAUUUACCGAGCACCUGCGUGUGGUGCUCAGCACUUGUUACUGCAAGCUACCUUAAUUUUCCAAGAGUGGUGCCUUACUCUUUCUCCCUGCGUAGUCUUCCAAUCAAUGUGUGGAACAUGAACCUGUUAUUCACCAGCCAUUGUAGAUGGCCGCGUCUGUUGCAUCAUCAUUAAGAAGUGUAAGCUUUGUGCUCUGAUAAGUGUGUUCUGUUAGAGGGAUGGAUAGGGUGAAAACAGCAAAACAGAUUUUUGAACAAACUGUAAAUUACAAGAAUUGGUUUAUGUACAACCAUUUUAAUGAUUCCCUUUCCAUUUUGCUGUGAAAUGCACUGAAAAAAAAUUUCAAAA